UAGAUGGCAAUGCCAUCCAUAUUUGCGCCAUGUGCGUGUGCGUGUAAACAAUACAGGAAGUACGUUAGAGGUUAGGAUUAGGUAAAACGGGUAAAACUUGUUUUAAUUAAGUUUAAUUUGUAAAAUAUAAUGGAGCCGAAUCAGGAGGAUGAUCACGGUGGAUUACGCGUUGACGGUAGACGAGCGUUAGAGUUGAGGCAGAUCCGUAUGCGGAUGGGAGUGUUCGGACAGGCUGACGGGAGUGCGUACAUAGAACAAGGCAACACAAAGGUUUUAACCGCGGUGUACGGUCCUCGUCAGCCAAAAAGCAGCUCAGCGAAGAGCAGUACAAAGGCUAUCAUAAAUUGCCAGUACAGUAUGGCUGUAUUUAGUUUUACUUCUGGCGAACGGAAGCGAAGACCCAGAGGAGACUGGAAGUCGCAGGAGAGAUCAGCGCAAUUGCGCCAUGCAAUGGAGGCCAUAAUACACUUAGAGCUCUAUCCACGUUCUCAAAUUGACGUUUUUGUAGAGGUUCUACAAGUUGAUGGCAGUGAUUAUUGUGUAUCUGUGAACGCUGCAACACUCGCGUUAAUAGAUGCUGGAAUUCCAAUCAAGAAUUAUGCCAUUGGGUGUACCGUGACUCUCAUUAAUAAACCAUCGACAGAAGACGAAGAUAAAACAUUAGCGAUGGGAGUACUAGACGCGAAUUAUGUAGAGGAGUGCUCUCCAGGAGUUACUUUGUCUGUUGUCGCAUUGCUAGAAACGAAUAAUGAGAUUGAUGUAAAUGGAAAUGGUUUGAUAGUAGUAGCACACGGAGCAGGACAGAGAUUACAUUUGUCACGUUUAGAAGCACUCAAGCAACGCGCAUUACAAGGUUGCCAGGACAUAAAGAAUAUAUUGGAUCGUGGUGUGAGGCAUCAUCUAACUGCGAAUAUGCUGCCUUCUUUCAUGCAUAAUUCACUCGAUUAGCAAGAGAGAAGGAUAAUUAUAUUUCAUAAAACUCUGUAAGAGAUUUUAUAUAAUUUAAUGAUUUCUGUACAUAAACAACUAAUAGAAAAUUACUUUUUCUUAAAAAA